AUGCCCAUUAGCCUCGCGACGUCUCUGGCUACUUCUGGGCCGGUCGCCGCGAUGGAUCCUACCAUGACAGAACACGAUUUUCGAUUUCCUCGACGGCCCCAGCAUUCCACCCAUGAUGAUGACGAUGAUGGAGGCGGCCAUAGCCACGGUCAAGGCCACGGUCAAGGCCACGAGCACCACCACGAGCACCACCACCAGUACCACCACCAGCAUCAGCAACAGACCAUCAAUCCCACGACCGCUCCGGGCUCGGCCUCCAACCGGUCCUAUGCCGUCGCUAACAACGACUUGCUUGGUCGCGCUUUGUUCCCUUCUCUCGAUAAUGCCGCAGCCGAUUCGCCUUUGACCGUUGACCAACUUCAGCAAGAUGACCCGCUCGCCGCUCAGGUCUGGAAAUUCUUCACAAAAACCAAGCAGCAGCUGCCAAACCAACAGCGACUCGAGAACCUUACCUGGCGCAUGAUGGCUCUGAGCAUGCGCAAGCAAAAGCAGGAGGAUGAAGCUCGACACCAAAGGGACCGUCAAACCAGCCGCCCCGCGACACAGAAUGCGCCCAGUGGAAUCGCCCAAUUGCGAAAGACUUCAGAAAUCAAUGCUGCCGCUAGCGCAGAUGCCAUGAAUCUUGACGAUUUUAUUUACUCAGAAAAUGUCGCAACUCCCGCUGGCCUCAUGUCCCCACCACCAGCUCCUAAGCUCGACGAUGCAUCUCCCGGUGGACCGUCUGCUCCAGGAAUUCCCAUCAAAUCUCGAAGGGACUCCGAUUCCAACCAAUUCAUCCCUCAGUCUGUGCCGCAUCAUCAGCGAUCUGGCAACAGCGAGUUCAACUACGUCCAGCGUCAUCACCGCAAGACCAGUAUUGAUGAGCGUCGUAACCGGAAACGUCCAGCCAACUUCUCGCCUCAUGUGCUUGCUGUCAACAGCAGUGCAUCAGGUGGAGCCUCCCAUUUGGAAGCUGAUUCCGACCUUCAGGGAUACUCUCUUGACAAUACCAACUCCGUAACAAUGCAACAGCUCACUCAGGGCGGCAACCCUGCUGUACCCUUUGCUCUGGACACAUUCUUGGACAACGACGCCGUCAUGAACCAGGCGGCACAAUUUCAGCAGAAUUUUUCAUUUUCUCCUUCCAACUCUCCAAUGAUACCCCAUGGUCCUUUCUCCAACCUGUAUAAUACUAGUUCCUCCAUGUUAAACUCGUCUCUCAACAAUGCUGCUGAUCUCUACUCGCCACCUGGAUCUGCUUAUCAGUCAACCGCUUCUACUCCCAUUGCUAUGGGUGAAACUGAUGCCAUGUACUUUGGUUCUCAAGACAACCGUCAGCAGCGACCUCAAAGUAUGCGACAGCAAACGGCUCAGAAUAUGACCAACAAUAUGGGACAUAACCAGCAAUUCAUGUACAAUGGUUCCAACAACGGCAACCAGAUGUAUUCAGCACCUGGUACAGAAUCUGGCACCUUGUCCGCCUUCAGCACUGCUCCGAGUUCAUUUAGUCACAUUGAUCCGAACCAGGUAUUCCAGACGGAUAGUCAGGUCGCGUCUCCCACCGUGUCCAUGAGACCAGAUAACAUGUUCUCAUUUGCUGGGGACUCGGAUGACGAGGAUGGCGGUAACAGUAUGCAACAGCAGAAUAUGCAAAUGCAGAACGACUUCUCUUCGUCUAUGGAUGAUGUAGGACCAAUGGGUUGGGAUGCCUCUCUUCCAGGACAGUUCAGCACCCAAGCUGCUCGUUUCCCUGGCGGACCUCCUCGCAAGCAAGUCAUGAUUGGUGGCACCACCACUGACUAUGUCGACAAUAGUGGUGACUGGGAGCCUUCUGGUUUGGGUCGUUCUCAGUCCUUCAAGGCUGGCAACGACAAACGUCAGCCAGGUCUGCCUCGAACGGCGUCUACCCCAUCACACAUGGCCUCCAAGCACAACGGUUUCGAGCAAAUCGCGCAGAGUCUACCCACUUCUCCCGGCGACAACGUGCCUGGCACCAUGUCGGGAUUUUCUUCCGCUGCGCCAAGCCGCCCGUCUUCACCCCCUGGCUCCAAACGUGGCUCUUCCACCAACUUGCAGGCUGCUGGUGGAAACCAGAACGACAGUGGAGCGCCGACAACCUGCACAAACUGCUUUACGCAGACAACACCACUAUGGAGACGAAACCCUGAAGGCCAACCUCUGUGCAAUGCCUGUGGUCUAUUCCUUAAACUGCAUGGCGUUGUACGACCAUUGAGUUUGAAGACGGAUGUUAUCAAGAAGCGAAACAGGGGCUCCGGUCCCAACGGAUCUGGUGGCGGUGUGCGGUCCAGGAAGAGCGCUACCGGUUCUGCAGCCGCGUCUCGCAAGAGCUCUACCCUGUCCAUGGCAACUGUGGCUGCAAGCAGUACCAAUGUCAACGCCAAUAUCAACACAUCGAACAACGCCAGUACCUCGCCUCCCGCUGCCAGAACUGUCCUGCCCAAGGACAGCGAAAGCCCAGUGGCUACCACCUCGAGCUCUGGUCCCAACACAGCCGGCAGCACCCCCAACAGCCUUUACGGAAACAUGGGCUCCAAUGCUGCUGCCGCUGCAGGUGGCAAGGGUGUUGUCCCGAUAGCUGCUGCACCCCCGAAAGCAUCACCUGGCCCAGGUGCCUCAUCUGCUUCACGAUCAGGACAAGCGUCUAUUUCGUCCAAACGGCAACGAAGGCAUAGUAAGAGCGUUGGUGCGGAGGGCUCGUCAGGCAUGGACAUUGACAGUCCCCCGGAAACAACUGGAACUAGCGACAUGUCACGGUCUAUUGGUCACGGCCCAAGCAUGUCAUCCAUUUCCAACACCAUGUUGUCGAGCAGCUUCGGCAUGGCGCCACCUCAGAGACACCCCAUGGCCCACGGAGGCAUGAUUCAAAUGAACCACCAUCAACCUGGUGCCGCUCAACAUAGCGCUGGCGGUCCCACGACGGGCCCCCAGGAAUGGGAGUGGUUAACAAUGAGUCUUUAA